UAAAUGAGUCUUUGAGUACGGUGAAGUAAGCAGAAUAAUCUCUUGUCCGAAACAAUCUUUGUUCUUUUUCUUUUACGUCCUUUUUCUUUUCAUGGAUUCCGGUAAUAGUGGUAGUUUGCAAUCUUCAAGUGGUGGCAGUGAAGAGUUUGAUUCACGAGUUGAGUCAAUCUCAGCUUUUUUGAGCCAUAUCGGUCCUGGACAUGGUCAUUUGGGUGACCAACCACCGCCUCCGCCGCCAUUACCGGUGCUACACCACCACCAGGGCCAUUCUCCAUCGACCAUGUUCGACCCUUUAUCACUCUUGGAUCAUCGAUCACUGCAACUUCCGACAACAGCAACAACAACAACGGCGAAUCCGAAUUCGGUACUUGAUUUGAUUUGGUCCAAAAAUCUAAGAUCUGAGCCCAAUUGGACAGGUCUCAGUGGGUUCAUGGCUUCCUCAUCGGCGGCACUGGCGACUCAACAGCUGUUUACCAACCAACAACCACAAAGUGGAGCCACUUUUCCAUCGUUGCAGCAGGUUCAACAGGGGCCAGAGAGUUCGGCUUCCGCCACAAACGGCGGCCAAACCAACAACAAGAGCAACAUGGCGCGUAAUCCAAAGAAGAGAUCCAGAGCUUCCAGGCGUGCACCGACGACUGUUCUGACCACAGAUACCACCAAUUUCCGAGCCAUGGUUCAAGAGUUCACCGGAAUCCCCGCACCACCGUUCCCCUCCUCACCUUUUCCGAGAGCUAGACUCGAUCUCUUCGGUCCACUGUCUUCCGCUUUGAGAUCAAACCAUUUAGACCCUUCACCAGCUCCUCAUUAUCUUUUAAGACCAUUUGCUCAAAAAAUCAACCCUCCACCUUUUCUUAGCUCAUCAAUGGCUGACGCUAUAGUUUCUAAUCCUAGUACUAACAACAAUAGUUCUUGUUCAACUCCCAUUAACUACCAACUACCGACCGAGUUAGGCCAUUUAAAGCAGCCUCAGAAUCCACUCAACAUCAACAUGCAAAACCCAAUUCUUAACUUUCAAUCUCUCCUUCAAACCCCUACAAAAUACCCGUUUUCCGGUUCAAACAUGGAUAUUCCACCGACUGAGUCGACUCUCAAAAUGGGUGGUUUAAAUGAGUUCGGUUUGAGCCAGGAGCGGUUUCAAAACAUGGUAUCUUCACAAGAACGUGAUCAGAAUCUACUAAGGACCAUCAAUGGCGGCUACGACGGUGACGACCGGAGAGUCUCGAAUGGGAAAGCGAGCAACUUGUCGUCGUCGUCUUCGCCGGAUUUUCGUGCUGAUAAAGAGCUGGAACAUGUGGGUUCCAGAAGUGAAGGUAUGGUGGAAUCAUGGAUAUGUUCUUCAGAUUAGGAGUAUCUAAUCUCAUUAAAAAGAAGAAGCUUUCAUAACUGAAAAAUCUGAACAAAAAAUGCGUGAAAGAGAUGGAAUCUUUCUUGUUUUCUGUCAUAUUAUUAACAAUGAAAUAGUUAAAGUUCAACCCUAUUUUGUUAUUUUUUUAUCUCUAAGGUUUAACCCUCUCCUUUUAAUUUAAUUA